UUUCUCUCUCUCGCCCAAUAAGCAGAAAGCGCGCCCGACCGGUUAUUCUAAUAAUCAAGACAGACUCACUCACUCACUCACUUACUCACACUGUGAGAGAGACGAGAGCCACUUGCCAUCAACAGGAAAGCGGGCACGUUGCGAGAGACAUAGCCUGUGCGACGGCACCUACGUCAAGCUUUUAACCAUAUCUGAUCUAAUGUCCAAAUAUGUACAAUUAUCGUCUACGGCGAUCAGUUCUGUUUCAACUGGGUUAUUAUUACUUGCUAAGUGGCUCUUGUUUGUUAGAGGUUACUUACCUUACUACCUAGUCGGGAUGAUAUCCCUCUCUCUCUCGGAGCUUACCUUGUCUUGGACCGUGAUUCGUCUGUUAAGGUGAUGGUGAAACCUCAAGGACAAAAGUUUUCGACGGAAUACAGUUUUCCCUUUUUUUCCCUUUUGUGUCUCUUUUGGCUAUAACACCCCGCUCUCGCCACCCAAAAAAACGCUUCCCCGCUUUCAUCCCGCUCAGCGCUAGUGUGUGUAUCAACCACAUAAGCGGGAUUGUUUCUCUAAUACAGUUGCUGUAUAUGUGAAAUUGCCGUGGAAUUUGGAACAAGAAGAAAAAAAGGGGGGUUAGCUAAUAGUAGUAUAUGCAUCAAUUAUGCUUUGCUCCUG